AUGCCGGGGUCAGCAAUGAAGAAACGGCCGAGGCCGGAGGAGGAUACGCAGGCGACAAAGAAGAAGGUCGACUUUCAAGGAGGGAAACAGGCCGUGGCACAUUCAUUUUCAGUUACCAAAUUGCGAAAGCCGCAGGUGUCUCCUCCUGUAGUAGCCCUCACGCCCGGAAUCUCUCUUUCCGACUCCUUUCCCUUCAAUGUAUACGAAAAAGACGAACAACCGGCUGUCAAGCGGCGAAAGGGCAGCAACCCGCCUCCGCUUGCCGAGAUGGCAUUGCACUCCUCGGCGCACAGGACGGUAGAUUACACGGCUCGGGAGGAGAGGUGGAAGAGUGUGGAUACUCUCCUAAACCACUUCCUUGCCGUCAUUGACCCGCAGACUGGAGAGGUAGAAGUCAUUCAAGCCAAAAAAAUGGUGGUCAGGGGGACAGCCCGGUCGAAGCAAGCACCGGCGGAGGCGAUGGAAGUAUCCAGCGGCAAACCGGUACGACCUAGACUUGGUAUUACCAUUUGGGUUUGGACUCAAACACUGACGGUUUUGCAGACGCACUCGGCAGAUGAAGAAUGGGAACUGGGCGAAAACGUUUCGGCACAAAGUAAUGGCAAACUGGGCGAAGACGAUCGCGCCCUCGUGUACACCAUCCGAGAAUCUAGCCAACAUAUGGCCACCCGCGAGGAGUUGCAAGCGGCUGUCGACUUGGCCAGACCUGUGCCGCGGGGCAAUUUCGAUGCAGACGAGAUCCAAGACGUCUAUGUCCCGGCAGAAAUCAUUGGCGCCGAGGUACUCAAUGCGAUUCCGGUCAUGGAUUGGCAAGAACAAGUCAGGAACUCGGAACCGGUGCAGGUCCCUGCUCGCUUCGUUGCGCACCGUAUCGUUCGUGUGGCUGGCAAUGAGGAUGACGUGCAGAGGCUGAAGCUCCUGCGUUAUCUCCUCUGGGUUAUCACCCUCUGGACGACAACAAAACCAGGCCGGGAACGUGGUACAAAGAGCAUAGCAAGGAGAGACGACUUGCGGGAAACCCUUGCGCCGGCCCCCGAGGUGGUGAUCGAGAACAUUCGUCGCAAGUUUUCGGACAAUGGAGUAAUGCGCAAGGCGCACAUUGACCUGCUUAUGACGCACUGCUGCGUUUUUGCAAGCAUUAUCGACAAUUUUGAGGUCAACACUCUGGAUUUGAGGGAGGACCUGAAACUGGAGCAGAAGCAACUGAACCAGUACUUCCUGGAGAUCGGUGCUCGGGUGAAGCAGUCGAAGAUUGGUGACAAGAUCAACCACCUCGCCAAGCUGGCCCUACCACUGCAGUUUCCGAAGAUGCGGCAACCAGCAAAACGGAGAUGA